GCUCUGCAGCAGUGCAGCAGUGCAGCAGUGCAGCACGCUGCCAGACGCGCAGGCCAUGCAUAUGACCUCAUCAGCCGGAUCAUCAGCCAUCAUCUGCUUGAUCGACCACUGGCAGCUAGCUAUAUCAGACAGCCUGGUUCCGGCCUCGACUUCACCCACCUCGCGCCCAUUGCCAAGGCGUAUCGUAUCAUUCUGCCCACGCCAUCUUUCUCGUCCCGCCCCUGCUAGCUCCAGCCCCUGUUCGAUCAAGCACCGAGAUGGUCGGGAGAAAUGGCCUGAAUGCCUUUGGAAGCGGCAGGACCGCCGAAAGCUCUGGCGCGAGCCAGAGAUUUAACACCAGCGCCCGCCGGCAAAGCGGAGCAAAUCCAUAUAAGCCAAAGCCUGCCAUCUUCCGUUUCCAGGAUGGCGCAAACCACGCCCUGGAGGACCAGAGGAGGAAUCAGCUCAAGCACAAGCUCAUCGACUCGGUCAAGGGGGAUGAGCUGGAGAAGUUCCGCAAGUCCGACGACGAGCUCAAGUCCAUAAAGGACAAGAAGAUCAGGCACUUCUACGAGGACCAGAACGAGACCCUCGACGACUGGCUCGAGAUCGACUCCGUCGUCCGCAGCAUCGCCGAUGAUAUCCUGGAAUCCUUCGACCCUGACAGAGACCACGAUGGCCACCGCGAACACGCAGGCAACCUGCAGCUGCAAAAUGAGGACGUCGAGGCAUUCCUCCCCCAGCACGAGAUAGACAACCGUAGGAAAGCAGAGAGGAACGCCCGAAGGGCCAUCAACGUGAACGUCGCCGCCAACAUCUUGCUCCUGGCUGCCAAAGUCACAGCCUGCUUCUUCUCCUCCUCUCUCUCCCUUAUCGCGUCUACCGUGGACUCGGCACUGGACUUGCUCUGUACCAUCAUCGUCUGGACCACCAACCGCCUGGUCCAGUGGCGUCUCACUGCCCUUCAGCGUCGCUUCCCCGUCGGCCGCAGGAGGCUCGAGCCGCUCGGAAUCCUGGUCUUCUCCAUAUUCAUGAUCCUGUCCUUUGCACAGAUUCUGCAGGAGUCAGUCGAGAAGCUCAUGCCCUCAGGCGACCACACCACCGUUAACCUCGGAGUUCUCGCCAUGGCCGCCAUGAUUGCAACCAUUGUCAUCAAGGGUAUAAUCUGGUUUGGUUGUAUCAAGGUGAAAACAACCCAGGUCCAGGCCUUGGCACAGGAUUGCAAGACCGACGUCUAUUUCAACCUGCUUUCGCUCUUGUUCCCCUUGAUAGGGAAGCAAGUCGAUGUCUGGUGGCUCGACCCCACGGGCGCCGCAAUCCUUUCCCUGUUCAUCAUCUGGGACUGGGCCGGCACCGCCUUCGAGAACGUCACGCGCCUGAGCGGCUCCGCCGUCGACGACAGGCUCUUCCGGAAGCUCAUCUUCCUCGCAUGGCGGUUCGCUCCGAUCGUCGAGGGGUUUAAAAAUGUACAGGCGUACCAUGCUGGUGACGGCGUCUGGGUCGAGGUCGACAUCUUGUUGGAUAGUCGCACCCCGCUUAUGAGGUCCCAUGAUAUCGCCGAGACAUUGCAAUACUGCCUUGAGGGCCUGCCCGAGGUCGAUAGAGCAUUUGUGACUACUGAUUACGCCGAGUCGGGCCCGACUGGUCACAGUUCGAACCAGUGUUGAGGGAAUCAUCAAGGGCCUUGAGGUACCAUUCAUAUCACAGGUCAAAGAAAGCAUUAGCAUUUAGCAUCCGAUUACUAGUGUGUUCUGUUGACUAGAAAAGACUAUUUAAUUUGAAUUCAGGUGUAAAGAGA